AGAAGCAAAGGACAAAUCCUAUGACGAACUGGUCACCGCCAUCAAGGCAAUCCCUGAGAAAAAGCUGCUGUUCAUUCUAGGCGAGCUAAACGCCAGAGUUGGUGAAGAUCAAAGCCUCGCUUGCUUAGCUCAUUUCGGUACUAUCCUAGCCUGUGCCUGCUGGAGCUAUGCUGUCAUCACAGUCCAUGCAUCGGUAACACGUUAUUCAAUACCAGGACCGAACACUGAAUUGGAGACACUCAAGAUCUUAGCACUGGCACCAGUUUGACCUCAUCCUCAGCAGAUGCUCCGGUGUUUCAAGCAUCAAGGUCAGGCGUAGUUUUCAGGGUGCUGAUUGCGAUACGGCCGGACUCUCCCUUAGUGUGCAGCAAAGUAAAACCGCGAACAAGGUAAGUGGAUAGCAAAAAAGAAGAGGGAAGGCCUCGCAUUGACAACAGCAGACUCCGUGAACAGACUAAAGUGGAGGGAUUUGCAAGUGCACUUGAAGAAUCUUUUCCAGGUCCGCCCGAUGCUAACGCAUGCGAUAGAUGGAAACAUUUUUUUGAUGCACAUCUUCAUUAUAAAUAAGUGUUAUCUUUAUGACGUUUGCGCUAAAUAAAGUAUCUAUCUAUCUAAUGCUGUUCACUGCGCCACGUUGUCCAUUUUGGGCGGGAAGACCAACAAGACUGCUGACCUGUUUGAGUCCCACUCCGAAGAGAUGCCACCAUUCAUUGAUGAAAUGAGGAGGGCCUUCUCUAAGCCGCUCAUAGCAAAGUCCAGCAGACCGCCAGGGGAUGUGCAAACGACUACUGGUUUCAGCUCUGUUCUCAGAUAAGGUCAGUAGCUGAGACAGAUAUUAGGGGGAUGUAUGAUAGAGUUUCGCUCCCGUGUAUGAAGGGGCUACUUUAGUUCCCGGACUAAAGAGCAAGAGUGGCGCAGUGGUGAGAGUUGUCGCCUCCCACCAAUGUGGCCCAGGUUCGAAUCCUGGCGUCGACGCCAAAUGUAGGUUGAGUUUGUUGUUGGUUCUCUCCCUUGCUCCGAGAGGUUUUUCUCCGGGUACUCCGGUUUUCCUCUCUCCCUAAAAACCAACACUUCCAAAUUCCAAUUCGAUCAGGAACUCUCGGAAACAUUUCAACCAGUUCGCAUGAACUCCUAAGCGUCUCUGGGUAAACAAAUUAUAAUUACAAUUACAAUUUUACAAGGAUAACCCUAUUCUUCAAAGAUUACUGAAGACCUGCUCUAAAUUUCUGAAGAUAAGGAGAACACUCGCGUACGUCUGUCGUUUCGUCCAAAGUGCUAGAGAGAAGAACGUCAAGACAGGGCCUAUUACCCUUCAAGAAUGGAGAGACUGUGAGAAUCAACACUUCAAGUGGAGCCAAAUUCACUUAGAAUCCUCUGUCAUUGACGAGAAGUUUAUUUCAAGCCUGGACAAUAACGGAAUAAUUCGAGUUCAUUGACGGCUCGAAGCGGAUGCCAGAUGGUUGCCACAAGAAAUGAGAAAUCCUGCUAUUCUACCAAGCGAUCAUCUACUUGUCCAGUUGCUACUACGUCAUUUACACGGAAAGCGUGGACAUUUUGAUUACAAAAGCUUAAUUCAUGAAGGAAGACAGAAGAAAUUAAUGGAUCACAGAAGUCCGCAGCAUGUCUAAAGCUCUCACUGCAAAGUGUAUCACGUGCAGAAAUCUUCGCAAGAAACCACUGGACCAGCUAAUGGGGCAUAUCCUAUGUUUACGAGUGACAGCAGGGAUUCUUCCCGUUUCCAACACCGCCAUUGACAUGUUUUGCCCUUGUAUAUCAAGCUCAAUCGGGCAGCAAGGGAAGUUGAUGGCUUUCCGUCGUUCCGUGAGCUUGCGUGGCCACUAGUUUGUUUGUUGGUCGGACCGUAGAACAAUUUUACAGAUGCGCAAAGUUACUUAAAAGAAGUUAUGCAGAGCUGGAACAUUCCCAAGAUUCAGGGUGUUUUAUACCUGAAAUUUCCCCUUUAAUUUCAAAUGGUAACGGAAUAUAGCUCACGCAAGUCAUCAAAAUGGCGUCGUGGAAGCUCUCAUCAAGUCCGUCAUACAUAGUCUCCUCUCUCUUAGGAAGUACACAAGAUCGAGUAAACGAAUUUUGGAAAUGCUGGAUGAGGAACUUCGCACCAAAAAAAAUUAUUACCAGGGAACAAGUGGUUCCGAACCAGAGAAAAUGUUCAAGUUGAUGAAUAUUGAAUAUUUAAUUACCUUAGGGCCGACACCUUGACUUUGCGCGACGCGGGGAAAAAGGUCAGGUGACUGUUACUUAAAAGUAAGAUAUUCGUUCUGCAACUUACAUUUUCAAUUUGUCACUGAUCACGCAUCCAAGAUACGAAGCUUACUAGCCAUAGCCGCGUAUGGAACACAAAUUGUAAGUUAAUAUUUGUCAGUCAUCGCUUCAACCGAAAUUGAUUUUUACGGUAGGCCGUUUUUGUAAUAUUAAUUUAAUUUAACUACUAGGACGACACAUUCGGACGUCACGAUUCGAAUUUGUAUUGUCAGGUGCAAAGAAAUUCUAAGUGCGUAAAACUCUGUUAGUGGUUAAUCUUCAACUACUAGUAGCCCCUUCACACACAGGAGCGAAACAGAUGGUAUUAAGCAGGUCCUAGGUCCGACGAAGAAGAAAACUGCCCCUCUGAAGUCCGCCACAGGCGGGCUCAUGCAAGAUCGGGCGAAGCAGUUGGAACGCUGGGUGCAGCACUACUCAGAGUUAUACCCCAGAGAGAAUGUAGUAACAGACGAAGCCCUAAACGCAAUCAAGUGCCUUCCUGAGUUGGAGGAACUUUACAGUGAUCCAACCUUUGGAAAGGCUCUCGACUCUCUUUCCUCUGGCAAAGCACCUGGAAAGGACCCCAUCCCUGCCGAACUCCUGAAGUGCUGCAAAGGAAACAUCAUCGAUCUCUGAGCUGCAUGAGAUCCUUUGUCUCUGCUUGGGAGGUGUCAAUUACCAUAGGACAUGAGAGAUGCAAACAUCGUCACACUGUACAAGAAUAUGCAACACUACGGCUGCAUUGUAUGCAAAACUGAAACAGAGACGUUUGCAUUACCUUUUUGGCCAUAAUGUGAGAAUGGACGACAGCCAGAUCCUAAAGGAUCUCCUUUAUAGCGAAUUUGCUCAGGGAAAGCGCCCCACUGGCAGGUUCCAAUUACGCUACAAAGACGUCUGCAAGGGGCACCCGAAAGCCUCAGGUAUUGACAUCAACGAACUGGAAACCUCGGCUUCAGAACGUUCAACGUGGAGGCAGGCAAUCAAGCAAGCUCUUUCUGAGUUUAAAGAGACACUUUCAGAACAGGCUGAGACAAUCAAAAAGGGACAAACGAGGAAUGCCCUAAGUAAGACCAGCAACGAACUACAUCUGCUCACUGCGCGGAAGGGACAGUCAUUACCGAAUUAGUCCUUCCAGCCACGCAAGGCGCUGUUCGAGAACCACCAAUCACAGUACGACAUCAUAGUCCUUCGAUACUAUAGGAUGCCAAUACAUAUAACUACCCACUAACCCGCCCACCUACCUAUUUGUAUGUGUAAUCAAAUGGUGACGAGUGAAAUUAGGGAAUAAUUUCACGCGCGUUUUGUCCAAAUCCUAAUAAUUUCCCGAGCCUUUAGCUAUUAAUAUCAUGGGUGACGAAUUACGUUAGCAAUCUUGGAUUUUUGACAUGUUUAUCCUGGAUCGUAUCGAUGGAGAGCUCCGCUCUCUCAAAUGUUUAGACCUUAAAUUUGGCUUAUAAAGUUCAGAAUGUUUCAGACUUUUUCGGCAAAAUACCUGUUAGAAUCCUUCUUGAUGUUCUCUUGUGUGUUCAGGUUUUCUAAAACGUCUUUUUGUGCCUUGACAUCUUCAUUCACGGCAUUUUAAAACUUCGUCGCAAUCUUGACACUGAGACGUACGGACGGUUGCCAUGGCAAUUUUGUAAUUUCACAUGUGAAAUUGCAAAUUAACGCUGAAAUUUCGCGUCAAAAUUAAGGCGUAAUUCGUCACCUAUGAUAUUAGCCUAGUAACCUACUGUUUCGUUCAGGACCCAUGUUCGAGAUCGUCCUGAGCCACCAUGGGACUCAUGUGUUAAUUUACUUCCCUGUCUUAGAGAUUUUGUUGCGCGAAUAUUGUAUGUUGCCAGACCAAGUGCCUUUGUAGAGAAUCCUCGUAGUCAAGGCUUGUAAUUUGUUCGCAAUUGGUUAUUAAGCGGCUGGUCUUUGAUUUGGAAAGGAACCUCAAUCCACCUCAAUACCCUGACUAUUUACCUGCCUCCCUGCCUACUUAUAUGCGUACCUACCAUCCUACCUACAUUGUACCUGCAUGUCUAUCUUUAUUCAUUUGCAGACCUAGGCCAAAGCGGCGAUGACCCAGUUCUCCAGCCUGGUGAAUACUCUUUUCCAUUUCAGUUCUUAAUCCCAAAUAUAAUUAUGCCGGCUUCAGUGGAGUUAAAACAUGGUCAUGUACGCUACUGGUUGAAAGGAAUUAUGGACCGUCCUUGGAGAUUUGAUAUCAUCACUAUAGCGGCUGUUACCAUUUUAAAAUACGUGGACAUCAAUAUUCCUCAGCUUUUGGUGAGUUUUCAAUAAUAUAACUACCUAGAAAUGCGUCUCUCUUGACCGAACCCCGUGAAACUCGGGGAAAUGCUCCGACAGGAGGACACAAAGGUGAAACAGCCAACAAAAGUGAAAAGGUAUCACUUGACUGAGACUCAUACCCAAGAUCGGCUGCAGCAUCGGGACGGCUUUGUCACUUUACCACAAAAUCCCGCAACUUUACCCGAAAACGCCGUUUGAAGCUUUAAGCUAGCCUAUUCGAGACGUGUUCUGAACUACCCACCCAUAAGUGGGUCCGAAUACGAUGGUUUUAACUAGUUAUUACCUUUUACACAAGAGCUUGAGAAUGCUAAAGAGAAUUCUUAGAAGGCCUAAAUAUUUUCAUUUGGCCUGAAAACUUGCUUUAGAGGAAAUAAUAUUUUCAAUUAUUGCCAUGAUUACGUGUUCGUAAUGAAUAUGCAGAUAUACUUCUUUCAGCAGGUGUAGCCGAUAAUUUCAGGUAUCAUCAUUAUAUUUGGUUCAAAGUGUACAUUUUGAAAUCGCGGAGAGGAGGCAACAGAGUAUGAACAUCACGAGAUUGCAAAACUGUGAAAAUUACGACCUAAUUAAGGGACCCUUAUCAUAGCAGAUCGAGGUCUCAAUCAGAUUUUUCUCUUAAAAUCAGUAUUUAAAAUAAGUAUUCCUAUGCACAACUCGAUUCUUAUAAUUAUUUUCUUAGCGACCUUGUCAGAAGGAAGAAGAUCGUAACGUGGGAUUCCUUUGCUGCGUUUCUGGCUCACUUAGCACUAUUUUCUGUACUGACAGAGGAGGGUACUGUCCAGGAGAGUCUAUUCGUGUCUCGACGGUCAUAGAUAAUAAGUCCAAAAAUGAAGUUGUUGGUCUGAAGAUACAACUUCUUCGAAUCAUCGUCUUGAUCGCCUCUUGUGGUGGGUAACUGAAAGAUUUUAUACUUGCGAAUGAGGCUAUGUUUACACUCUAGCUGAUAGCCCUUACCCCAGCACGAAAACCCAUACCCGAUAGGGCUUCGGAUCAGUGACAUAAAAGCCAUGAUUUCGGUGCUACUUCUGUAACAAAGCGAUCGAAGCUGCGCUGUACCGAUCUUGAAAGUGGAGCAUGACAUAUCGAAUAGGUUCUCUGCACAUUUUGGUGCAAUGUGAACCGAAAUUCGGACCGUAGCAGAAGUGAAAAAGCAAGGUCUGGAAUCCUUUGAGGUGGAAGUAAAUUGGCGAACCCCUCAGGCACGAUGUUUGAUGUUUGUGAAUUUACGACCUAUUCGAUUUCCGUGCCUUACUGUUGGUAUAUCCGGGGAUGGCGUUUCGUGUCGACUCGAAAAGCUAUCUAGUAUAGUAAUCCAUUGUUGUAGACAUGGCCUAAGACAGUGAUUAGUGGCACUGAGGUAAUUCUGAUCAAUGAGAAACUACUAAAGUUGCAUGAUAGAGUUAAUUAUAUAAAGAUCGUAUUUUAAUGUACGAGGCUGGGUAUGAUAUCAAGAUAUUCCUUUAUCUGAGAAAGGGCUAUCUGUAGGACCUAAACUCUGUGUUGGAUCUGCAUGCGAUACAUAAUUGAUCACAUCAUACCCGGCGGUCUAUUCCUAAUGGUAUUACCCAGGAGGAAUUUUUUGUUCAAGCUCAAAUGUGUGUAUAAUUUUAUGAAAAAUAUAAAAUACCACUGAAGAGGUGACCUACAUUGGGAAAGGUAUUUAAACUUUGAUUUCCUGCCAUUUUGUUACUAAUAAUAACUUGUAAGACAUUACCUUAGUAAUAAGGCUCAUAUGGGGCAUUAUCUCUUUUACGUUAUUUCUCAUAACCAUCAUCUAAUAAUUAUCAAUAUCAUUUAAUGAAAUUUUUUUCCUUUUCAUUUGCCAAGAGCCACCACGUGACCUGCAAAUAACUGCCUACAAAUAAUAUAAUGGUCUGCUCAUGCGCAAUGUUGUCCAAUUUUGUUUAGCUGGCAGUAAUAUUCUGCUCAUGAGUAAAUGAAACCACACUUUUCUCCUUCUUGCAAUCGCUCUUGCUUGAAAAUGGCACAUCGCCUCGAUCGCUUCCCAAAGAUAUUCAAAAAACAAACUCGGUGAUCCAAUGUUAAUGAUCUGCUUGCCACCGAAAAUUCACGAUAUUUUGCUCAACCUCCUCCAAUAAUUGUUAAUUAUUUUGAUAUAUUUUGUAGGAACGGCUACACACUGGGAAGAUAAGGUUGCAUCCAUCUCUAAAGAAGGCGUAAAGCCUGGAGACACUUUAGUAUCACAGCUGCAACUGCCAGUUCCCUCUCUACCUCAAACUAUGCAAAGUUGCAGUUGCAUGAAGAUAUCAUAUCUCCUAAGGGUAAUAUACUCAAUAUCUGUUCAUGGUGAUUUGUCAGAAAAGUCGUCUCUGUGCGAUGUUCUUAGAGAACUGUCACUUGCUUCUAACUUGAGCCAGCAUUUGAGGUGCUGUAAAAUGCCUGGGUUUGAGUUACGCGAGUAGUAUAGUAGGGAUGAAGUUAGCCGUCUUUGAAAUCAGACUUCAUAAAUAGGUAUCGCAUUAAGAUUACGUAACUCUUGAUGUCGUGCCCAGUAUUACCGGUUUGUCAGGUCUUAGCCAAGUAUUUUGGUUGCCUACUCACUGAGGACAAAACUGAAGAUAAGUAGGGAAGGCAAACAAAUGAGGACUACGGUGGGGGAAAGCUGAUAUGAUGAUGAUGUUGACAAGAAAUUGUAUGCGCUGGAAAGGAAACGAUAAAAGAUGAGGCGAGGGUGGAGGGAAGCCAAAGAAAAAAAAAAGGAGGGAAGACUAUGAAGCGAGGUGAAGGAAAUGGAUAGAUGGCGGAAUUGUACUGUGACUUAUUACCUUGAAUGAUUGGCAUAAAACGCUUUUAAACUAAUACGACUAACUACAAGGCGUCUGUUCUAAUCAAUGUUUCAUCUCAUCUCGAGAGCUUAAGCACACAGUAUAUGCUGUUCGCUGUUUUGUUACGUACAAGUAUUAUUUUUCAAGUUGAAGAAUCCACCGUUAAUGUUAUUGGAAUUAUAAUGGUCAUUUACACAUCAUAGCAAACGACUAUUUUUUGACGAGCAGCAAAAAACCGCUCUGUCUCUAAUUUUUCGUAAAAUGGAGAUAAACUAUAAAAAGUCAGUUUGUUUUAGGCUUACUUGAUUACAAUUCUGUAUCGGUGCCCUUUUGUAGCUUUGCUUUAUCAAGAUGCUCCAUUUCUGAUCUUUUCUCCCACCAUUUCAGUUAUUAAUUCGUCAUUUAGCUCUUCAAAGUAAAACCCAGUGACGUUGUUGCAAAUAAACCAUGAAGUUUUCAAAUAUGCUGGCUAGGACCAUAAGCUCUCGAUCGUUUAUAGCUCUUGUUGGCUCCCUGACUGCAUGCCUCCAUUAUACUCCAUUAUAAGGGCGUAGGGCUGGAAUUAUUUGUAAGCAACCUAGAAACUAUUUUAUGUGACUUAAACUCGAGAACGCGGAACGGUAAUCCAUCCUGUGGCUAAAUCAUUUUCCUUAAAAUCUCUCAACAGCUGAAAGUUAGAGUAAAGGGUGCCUCCGACUCAAAAUUAUACAUUCCUAUCAUUAUUGGCACUCUUCCAUCUCGGCCCUAUUUUCCAGCCCAGUACCGGCCGUCAGAUGCUGUUUUAUCCACUAAUACUCCACCACUGACAGGAUUAAAUGGAACCUCAGUGUAUCUACCAUCCACUACACAGAAUGGUGACAAGGCUCCGAAUUCUCCAAAUGUUGGUAAGGAACCUUCUUGUGUUCAUCGUGAUAUAUUACCUGUGGUUGGUUCACUAAUUAAUUACGCAUUAGAUCAUAUAUUUGAAUGCUAUUUUGCGCCUAAUAAAUAAUAAAUAAUAAUAAUAAUUAUAAAUCAUUAUUAUGUUUUAUUACAGGAGCCGAUUACUUUUAUUAUUAUAAUUAUUAUUAUUAUAACUGUUAACAAGAAAGCAUUGGGAUCAGGCCCCAGUUGUUUAAAAAGAGGAUAACUCUAUCCUUGUAUAACUCUUUAUGCAGAGGACAAUGCAAUUGAUUCCCCCUAAUACUCAUCAACUGGAUUGUGAUUUAUCUGCAGUGGAAAGCGCUAUCCAACUUUUGAACAACUGGGGUCAGUUAUCAGUGGAACCAAUCGCAUUGUCCUCUGGAUAGAGUUAUCCACAUUUUGAACAACUGGGCCCACUGGGGUGGUGUAGACUACACUAACUGAUGUGGUUGCCUCGUAUCCAGACGUCACUCUCUUGAUGAAAAUUUGCGCGCAAAGGAAGACGGGAGAGGAAAACGUGCUAGCACCUCCCUUUUUUACCCUUCCCACGGUCUCUUGCGUUUCUUCACCAGUCACUCGCGUUUCGCACUCGCCUGCCUCUAUGCGAAACCAACUAAUGUGGCAUAAGAUUAUGACCUUCAAUAGGUUUUCUUUGAAUUGGGUACUUUGGUUUUCCCCUUGCUUCCGAAUGCAGACCUACAGUUGUUUUAAUUCCCGCUGUCACCGCAGAGAGAAGAGGACUUAGUUGGACUACAAAAGCCUGCAUUCUCCGGCGAGUUUACCCAUUUCAUCAUAAAUACCAACAUUUCCAUAAUGGCCAAAUGAUAUUUCGAUCUUAAAACUAAGUGCCCCUAGCAAUAUUUUUGUGGGUAAGCCGAGAAAUUAAAGUUGCAAUUAGGAGAGAAAUUACUCCAUUACGUGUUUUGGAGGCACCAGUGAAAUCUUCAUACUCGUUUACGAGUGUCAUGAUGUAGCAUUAUUUAUCCGGGAGUGGCUCUGCUAUAGGACAGUACAGUGAACAGUUUGACGAAUAAGAACUUGAUUCAUGGUUGGUAAUUAAAUAAUGAGUUCGAAAUAUAAUGGUUCUCAAAUUAAGAUGGUUUAUCGAGGCAUUUUUAACAGAAACAGUAAUAAGAACAAACAAACAAACAAACAUGGUGUAACAUUUCUUUUUCUCAAUUUUAGCUCCUUCUUCGUACCGAGAGAGUAUUGUUUAGAAGUCAAGAGCGUCCAUAAAUAACGAGGGCAAUAAAAAGACCUUGGGUGAUACGAAUUUCAAUACCAACUAUGCAAGUACUCGGCUAGCUUCGAAGUAGUGGCAAAAACUGCUGAGAAUUGUGCAAAGGAGCCUUCAGUAGAACUGUGCACAGAGACGUGUCAAGGGACCUUCAGAGGUCAUCUAUAG